UAUCUCUUUGGUGGGCAAAGUACUAUAAAACCAUAGUCUGCUAACUGUAUGCUAUCCAGUAUACAAUCCCAAAUCUUCAACCAUGACAGAUCCGUACUCAUCAAACCUCUUCAAUGGCUGGUUUAAUUUCAUACCUUCUCAUCACCCUUACUAUUCUUCUUCUUCUUGUUAUCCUUUCUCUUCUAAUAAUAAUUAUAAUUGUUACUCAACAAACGCACCGAUAUCUUCCAUUACUGUUCCAUCUUCUCCUCCUCUCAGGGAAGCUCUUCCUCUGAUCAACUACUUGAAUUCCACAACACGAUAUCAGGACCAGCAAGAACAUUCAAGCAGUAAUUCCAUGGAGGAAGACAAUAAGUGCAAGAUCAUGAACAGAGGUGCAAAAGAAAGCUUCCUUUUUUCUUCUACUGAGGAAGAUGAAAGUGGUGUUGCCCUACAAAUUGGUCUUCCAAGCCCUAGUUCUGAUUUGGGUAUCUCCCAAUCUGAUCCAGAGAUGGCAGAUAAGGAAGUAAGUGCGGUUUCUGAGUACCCUUUUGAAACACUAAACAAGGGUCAGUAUUGGAUUCCUACCCCUUCUCAAAUUCUCAUUGGUCCUACUCAAUUCUCAUGUCCUGUUUGCUACAAAACCUUCAACAAAUACAAUAAUCUUCAGAUGCAUAUGUGGGGACAUGGUUCACAAUACAGAAAAGGACCAGACUCCCUAAAAGGAAGCCAGCCAACAGCCAUGCUAAGGCUACCUUGCUAUUGUUGUGCACCAGGCUGCAAACACAACAUUGACCAUCCAAGAGCCAGACCACUCAAAGAUUUCAGAACCCUACAAACCCAUUACAAGAGAAAGCAUGGAACCAAACCCUUCACUUGCAGGAAAUGUGGAAAAUCUUUUGCUGUCAAAGGUGACUGGAGAACCCAUGAGAAGAACUGUGGCAUCAUCUGGUAUUGCAUUUGUGGAUCUGAUUUUAAGCACAAGAGAUCCCUUAAAGACCACAUUAGGGCUUUUGGUUAUGGUCAUGCUGCACUUAAUAAUAAUUGUGUUGAUUUUUUCCUCCAAGAAGAUGAUGAACCCGCAUCCGAAAUCGAGCAUGAUGGUGAACAAUCAUGUUCAAUGUGAUCAGUGCGAUCGAAGCAAACAUAUAAUUCGAUUCCCAGCUUAGUUAUAACAUUAUAUAUGGUGCCAGUUGAUAUUUAACUUGGCUCAAGUGUUUGUAUAUAGAC